AUGUCGCGACUUUCGGUAAGCGUAAUUUAAUAGUUACUUAGUUAAUAUUAAAAUAGGUAUUAUUGUUGUAUUUUAGAAAGAAGAAAUUGCCAGGCAGUUUAUGCUUCCAGAACGUAAAUCAAAAAUUGCUACAUUACUGAAACAAGAUGGACAAGCAUACUGCAUUUGUAGAUCGUCAGACUGUUCAAGAUUUAUGAUGUAAAUAUAUUUAAUUUGGUUUAAUUUUAUUUAAUUUUUUAAGAAGAGCAUAGGAAACUUUUUUUGUUUUGAAUUUAGGUAUUUGUGUCUACAUAAGUGGCCCAUACUUCCUUAAGUUAUGAUUAGCUCUAACACAUUGUUGCAUUUUUUGGAUAAAACACUAGGUAAAAUGUUGCUACUCUGUAUGUCUGGUCACUCGUUAAAUAUUUAUGAUAUUUUAUUAGAUGUAUGCAUGGGGGGGGGGGUAAUUGCCCCUUCUACGGGCUAAAUUUCUUUUUUAAAAACUGAAAUUUAAAUUAUUAUAUUAAAUUUUUAAUUAAAUUCAUGAUAUAAAAUAUUUAAAUUAUUCCAUCACUAAUAUUAAUUUAAUUAACUAAUAACCAAAAUAAUCAGUUUUAUUACAUAUAAUAUAUAUAUAUAUUCUGCCCCCCUGCUAGCAAGGCCUAUGUAUUUAAUUAUUAUAAUCUUAUUUCCUGGGUUAGUUAAAUUAUAUUAAAUUUAAUUCUAAGCCUAAUUCAUCCCAGUGUUAAAGCCCCAUAUAGUUAAGAAAGAGGUUAUAUUUAUAUUGCAUUUUUUUGCAUAUUUAGUGAUUUUGUAGUUUUAAAAGUAUUUGAUGAUUCAUGAUAAUACUAUUUAAAAAUUCAAUAAUAAAUAAAUAGAUGCGUUAAUUUUGAAAUUUUUCUGUUGUGGUUUUCAAAUAUUUAUUUAAUAACUUCUAUCAAAAUACAAUUAUAUUCUAUAAAAUAUUUUUCUUAGGAAAUAAUUCAUUGCCUAUAGUUUAUUGCAUUAAUAUAUUCAGACCCAUUACGAGGAUAUAAGCAAGUCAUGUGUUGCUUUAAGGAGGUAUUCUAUUUUAAAGAAACUAAAGCGUUAAAAUGAAAUUAAUAAUCGUAAAAAAAGACUGCAAUAUUUUAGAUUUAGAGCGGAAAAUAUCUUACAACUGUCCUGAAUAUAUUUAUCCGUAAAUAAAAAUGUUAGUUCCAACCAAUAUGUUCUUGAGUUAGUGUUAUUCUUGUUUCGUUUUGAUUAAAUUAUUUUUAUUUCAUUGCCGAAAAUGCCAAAAAUUAAACAACCCGCAGCAAAUCUUUUGAAAAGUUUUAUGUUGGAGUAUAGUACAGAUAUAUUUAAAAUCAAUAGAACUAUUGAUUUUAUAAGUUAUGUGAGGUGAAAGUAAACAGUGAUAGAAAAUUUGUUUUGACUUAGCACAUUAAUACUGAAAAAAAAAACUAGCAGUUAUUAGGAACAAAAAAAGUAAUGAAGUUCAUAAGCUAGUAACUAACACUUCAAAAAAGAGUUUAUUUUUUGCAAAAUUUCUGUAAAGCUUAAUAAAUAAUUCUUCACAAAAUUAGUGACUAUUAACAUUUUUUUGGAAGAGUAUACAUCAAGAGAAAUCCCUAGUGAACAUUUUGUGUAAAAAUACAAUUUAUUAGUGUAAAUUUUUAUAGUAUAUUUGUACUUUUUUAAAUAUAUAAAUGCAUGCAUAUUUAGUAAAUUUUAAAAGCUUCUGAACCUUCUGAAUUUAAAAGUUCUGAACCCUAGUCAUCAACAACAAUUUGGAGCAAUUUUUAUAAUAAGUCAUAACAAACAAGACGUGUACGCAAAUAAUUAUUAAGUAUAUGCUAUUAAUUAUAGUGGAUGUGAUUCAUGUGAAGAUUGGUAUCAUGGUGAUUGUAUUGGAAUUACAAGAAAACAGUCUAAACUUAUCAAACAUUAUUUUUGUGAUGUAUGCUUAUAUUGAGUAAUUAGAGUUAGAUUUUUUUAUUAGAUUAAUUUUUCUAUUUCAUUCUAGAAAUGUAAAGCAGAAGAUUCUUCAUUAAAAACAGUAUUUAAAACUUCAAUGAGUCGUAGUGAUUUUAAAGAAAAGAUUGACCAAUAUGUUGAAAUUAAACGAGGUAAGUUGAUUAAUUGUGUUAACAUAAAAAUUUUCUUUAAUUAUUUAUUAAUAGCUUAGCAUGGAUGAUUAUAGCCCAAUUUACUUUUUUUUUCUCAAUAAUUGACAGCUAAAAAGAAAAAUUAAUUCCAUUUUUUUUAACAUUUGUUAAAUCAAAAUGUGUGCACAUAUAAGUAUUAUAUUAAAUCUUUAUAUCAUUUUCUCCAAUUAAAAGUGAAUAAGUUUAGAAAAUAAUUUUAAAAAAGUCAAAAAAAAUUAAUUUAUCACUCUUGGGAUUAAAGUAUUUUAUGUAUUAAAAAAAAUAAGAUUAGAAGGGUAUAAUAUUGUUGCUUAUGGAUUGUUAUUUUCAACUAAUUAAAAAUUAGGGCUUAUAGGUUAUUUAAUCUUAUAGUAACUAAAAUUGUAAACCCCAAAAAUAUCAAAUGUUUCUAAUUUAAAUACAAAUAAUUUAUUACAAUUUAAAUUGUUUAUUAGAUAAUCGUAGUAAACAUCGACCUAAGCAUAGGUUUUGUGGCCGCUGUGAAAACUGUGAACGGGUUGAAGAUUGUGGUCUGUGUUUUGGUUGUUCUGAAAUGAGAAAGUUUGGCGGUGUAGAUUUAUGUGAAAACAGAAAAUGUUUAAAUCUGAACAACAUACAAGUAAAAAUAUGAAAUUUAUCAUACUUAAUUUUGUUACUAUUAUUUAUAAAUGAUUAAAGGAGAAUAGGUCUUUAUGCAAGUCAACAAAAAAAAAACGUAAAGACUCCAGUUCUGAGGGUGACCAUGCUAAUUUACCUUUAUUAAACCGUAGACAAUGCUAUGGUCUUGAAUGUACUCAAAUAGCAAGGUUUAAUUCUAAAUACUGUUCAGACAAAUGUGGCAUGAGUUUAGCUGGUGCAAGGAUUUUUAGUGUAAGUAAAUUUUAUAAAUUAUUUAAUAAUCAAGUUAUUUAUUUAAUAAUUAAGUUUAUAAUUAAUUAUUUAGGUACUGCCUCAAAGAAUUCAUGAAUGGAUGAUGCGACCCUCUAUUGCAGAAAAAUCAAAUAAAAAGAAUUUAGAAGCUGUUAGAAAAGAACAACUCGAAGUUAGGGAUAUAUUAAAAGAGUUGGAUAAAAGACAUAAAGUAACAAUUCCUUUAAAUAUGCUAUUAUUUAUGUUUAUAUAUUAUUUGUCUCAAUUAAUUACAUAAAUAAAUAAAAAUACAUACAUUGAUUAAAUUAUUUAUAAUAAUUAUAAUAUAGUUAUAAAUAUAUUUAUUUAGACUUUAUAUUACUAUGCUAUAUAUUUGAUAUUUUAUUAUUAAAUUAAAACUGGAUACUCAUUAAUGUUUAAUGUUGAGUGUUAUUAUUUUUAUAAAUAUUUUAGGAACUUGAUCAAUUAUUGGAAAAAUCAAAAUUGUUGACUGUUGACCUAAACCAAGAGAUACAAGAUAUUGAUGAAGAAAUGAGUAUGCAUUGUGUUACAUGUGGACAUGAAAUACAUACAAGAACUGCUGUUAAGCACAUGGAAAAAUGUUUUAAUAAGGUUUUUAUUUUAUAACUUUAUUUAAAAUAUUGUUUUAUGUAAUUUUAUAAAUAUAUAUUCUAUAGUACGAAAGUCAGUCAUCAUUUGGUUCAAUUUACCAAACUAGAAUUGAUGGAAAUAAUAUGUUUUGCGAUUUUUAUAGUCCUUCACAAGGUACCUACUGCAAGAGACUAAGAGUUUUAUGUCCAGAACAUUUCAAGGAUUCAACUGUCAUUAGUGACACUGAGGUAAAAAUAUAUGCUUCAAAUAAAGUUAAUGUUGAUCAUAUUGAUUGUUUAUUUAAAAUUCAAUUACUAUUUUAUAUUAAAGUGUUUUUAUAAUGUUUUAGUAUAUAAAUGAUUGUAUUACAAUAAAAAACUACAUUUUACUUAUAUUUUUAAGACUAUUCAUUAAUCAAUGGAUUUUAUAUAUUUUAACAAUUUUGUUUUUUUAUAAGUUUAAAUUAAACAGUCUCUGUAGUUUUGAUGUUAAAAAUGUUAAAAUUAUAUAAACUUAAUUUGUAUAUUAAUACAAAAUUGACUACUAAUGAGAUUAAUUCAAAUUUUGUAGACAUAUAAAUAUUAAAAUUAUAUCCAAUUAUUUUUUAGGUAUGUGGUUGCCCUCUUGUUUCAAAUGUUUUCAAUUUAACUGGAGAAUUUUGCCGAGUGUCAAAAAAAACAUGUAUUAAACACUAUUGCUGGGAUAAAUUAAGAAGAGCAGAAAUUGAUAUGGAAAGAGUCCGCCAGGUUAAUUAAUAUUUUACUAAAAUAAAAAAAAUGUGUAUAGAGUAAAUAUUCUUAUUAAGUAUACUCAGAUCUGUUCCACAUAUGAGGAGUGGCAUAGCCAUAGAUAAUAGUCUAAGUAGGCUAUAACCUUCCCUUUUGAUUGUUUUAAAUUUAAAUUCAUAUUGUAUUAUUGUCUAUUGUGUUUAUUAUUUUUGUAACAUAUUUCAUUGGAAUUAGUCAUAACCAAAAUGUAUUGCUAGACAAUAUUUGGAACAUGAUAUAUAAUUAUAAAUUCAAAAGUUCCAAAUAAAUUUUAUUAAUAUAUUUUUCUUUGAUAAAAAAAAAUUGUAUUACAAGACUAGGAAUUAAAUAUCAUUGAUGAUAAUUCAUGAUGAUACACAGUAUAUACAUAUAUAUCAGUGAUUGAAUUUCAUAUUAAUAAUAAUAAUCCAGAGAGAGUAAUUUAAAAGUUAUUUGUGACUUAAGAUAAGAAAAAAUUAUAUUAUUCAAAGUCGAAAAAAAAAAAUUACAAACCACCCAUUUUAAAACAAACUGAGUAAAAUUAAUUUCUAUGGUAUUAAUAAUUUUUAAAUCUUAUUAAUAAAUAAUAUAGAAAUAAAUUAAAUUUGAAAAAAAAAAAGAAUUGUAAUUUUUAAUUUUUUUAGUGGUUGAAAUUGGAUGAGCUGGUUGAAAAAGAACGGCAAAUACGAAAUAGAAUGUCUACAAGAGGUGGAGUUUUAGCAUUAAUGUUACAUUCAACUUAUAACCAUGAUAUGAUGGAACAGUUAGCAAAAGACCAGUUAGCAAAAGAGCAGUUAGCAAAAAAGCAGUUAGCAAAAGAGCAGUUAGCUUCUAAGAGUGAAACCAUUUCUUGA